AUGUCGGACAAGCCGGAGAGCAGCAAGACUCAACUCGAGACUUUGGAAGCGGAUCGACUGGAGAAACUGUCGGCAAAGCCAUCACCCGUGCUCACAAAGCGGGCCAACAUCCAAGUGGAACUGAACCAAAAGCUGUUGGAGCUGCUCGAGGAAGGGACCGACCAGAGCCGAGAACAAGCCAAGAAACUUCUCAUCGACCGGAACGCGCUCUUAGUGGCUGGUGAUGCAAAUACUCAACUCGAAGAGGAUAUCAUCGAACCAUUGUUCCAAAAGGAUUUCUUGUCACAGUUGCCAGAGGAGACGUGGCGACGGAAAUGUUUGGAGAAAGGAUAUGUGGAAUAUGCACCAAGCUUUCGCUUUCUCGGAGGCUGGGCGACGAAUCGAGCAGAUGAGCAAGCGGGAAUCACCAUCUGUUCACAUAUGGACCUUCAAGAAGCACAUCAGAAUCGACGAGAACGCGAGGACGCAUAUGGACAAUGUUAUGAGCGAUCGUCAUGGAAGUCGUUGUACCUGCGGAAGAAGCGAAUCAUUUCCAAUUGGCGCUCCCGAGCGAUUCAAUCAAGCACUGUUCUAAGGUCUGGUCAUAUCGUUGCUGGUAAUGAUCGUGAUAAUACGUUGCGGAUCUGGAAUGUUGAUGAUGCUCAACCGGCUUUCACUCUAACUGGCCACAUGGAUGGUGUUAGGACGUCUCAAGUGAGCGAUGAUGGCAAAUACAUUGUCAGUGGCUCGACUGAUCAAACGGUUUUGUGUGUGAAAUUUGAUGGAGAACGAGUUGUAUCUAGUGGCAAUGAUUUUAAUGUAAAGGUUUGGAAUGUGCAGACUGGGGAGUGUUUGCACACGCUGACGGGUCACAACGAUUCAAUCGAAUCACUUUUAUUUGAACCGGAGCGCGAUCUUGUCGUCUCGGGAGGUCGGGAUGGAACGAUGCGCGUCUGGGAUGUGCGAAGAGGAACAUGCAUCGCGAUUCUUGUCACACAUCAAAAUUCCUGCUCUGACGUCCAGCUUCGCCGAAAUAUUUUGGUCUCCUGCUAUACCGACUCUGACGUUGGGGUUUGGGACAUUCGUGAUGGUGGUUCGCGCAUUCAUCUCCUGCAAGACCUGUGGGAUGUGGAUAAAGUUAUUUUUGUUCGUGACCUCCCGGCUUUCACCCUAACUGGCCAUAUGGGUCAUAUUUUGACAUUUCAAGUGAGCGAUGAUGGCGAAUACAUUGUCAGUGGCUCCUCUGAUCAAACCGUGCGCGUUUGGUGUGGUCAAACCGGUGUACAGCGUUAUGUUCUGCAGGGGCAUACGGGUACUGUUAAGUGCAUAAGUCUACAUGGCACAACUCUUGUUUCUGGAUCGCACGAUCAAACACUCCGGGUUUGGGACAUUGUCGACGGGAAAUGCCUUCACAUUUUGACUGGCCACUUGGCGGAGGUGCGUUUUGUGCUAUUUGAUGGAAAACGGGUUGUUUCUAGUGCUGAUGGUGAUGAUUUUACCGUAAAGGUUUGGAAUGCACACACGGAGGAGUGUUUGCACAUGUUGACGGGUCACACGGAUAUAAUCCUUUCACUUUUGUUUGAGUCAGAGCGUGAUCUUGUUGUGUCGGGUAGUCGUGACGGAACGAUUCGCGUCUGGGAUGUGCGAAGAGGAACAUGCAUCGCACAUCUUGUCUUUCAUCAAGGGUCACAGCCGAGUGGUGACUUUGAGGUUUGGGACAUUCGUGACGGUGGCUCGUGCACUCAUCGUUUACGAGAGGCAAAUGGUCGCACGUCGAACAUCACUUCAUUGCAAUUGCUUGACUCCGGACUUUUGGUGACAGGUUCGAUGGAUGGCUCGGUCAUGCUGUGGGAUGUGGAUAAAGGUAUCUUCGUUCGUGAUCUCGUUCGUCUUGCAUCGUGUGGAUAUGGCGGUUACAAUUGGCUUCUCAAAGCGACUGAAACAUUGCUCGUAGGUGCAUUUGAAGCGAGAUUGGCAAGGAGCACAAAUCUGAUGUUGAUCGAUUUUGACGCAUCGUAUCCA